GGUAUUUGGGGUUCUUUGGUAUUUAAAGCCGCUCAAAAUCUAAUUUUUAUGGGGAAGGUAGGCUUUGACCUAAACCCAGCAGACGGACAGAGAGUCGCCGCAAGAGUCGCUGGUGCCAGACAUGGAUAGCGCGCUGGAUACCUUUGGACACUGGUGCGCAUCUUCAUAAAGUGCGACACAUCGAGACUGGCGAGGCUGAAAACUUCACUUGCCCCCAAGUCAAAGUUGCGGUCAACCUGAUGAAGGGCAGGAAAUAUCACUCCCUCUGAAUCGACGAGUUAAAGUUAGAGAGAACAGUCGGAGAAGCGCCUCCAGAGCAGUUUUACAAAUCUUCAAAGGAAGCUUUUCAGCGGAGAAGAUGCGUCAAGAGGUCGCCGGGAGAUUUCAGAUGCUGCUUGUGAUUUGGCCGAUACUUAUCGUUAGUUUUGGGACGGGCUUUCCCACUAGACACAAGAAUGUAGCCCACAAGGCUCACGGCCAGACACCUCAGAGCGGUGGCGUCCAAUACGCCCCCGAGGCUUUGGAGCAGCACAACCAGGUCCAGAGUCUACUGCCGGAGCCCCACAGACACCAGAGGAGGUGGUCCCACACCCAGCACCGCUCCGUUGGGGUCCUGCCACAGCCUGAGCCUGAAGAAGAGACUAAACCCUUCAUCCUAGAUCUCAAGAACUUCCCGGACCUGGCCAACGCCGACGUCAACUCCCAGAACCCCAAUAUACAGGUGACCAUUGAGGUGGUGGACGACCCUCAGAUGGAGGUAGAGAUGGACCUGGCUAAGGAAAAAGACUGGCUGCCUUCCUCGUCCUCUUCCCCAUCUUCCACAGUAGAUUGGCUAGGAGGGAAGAAGCUUUUCUGGCCCCUUUUCUGGGGCUACACUGACGCCGAUUCCAGCGAGGACAGCACCAGCCGCUCGGGUUUGGAGGAAACUGGGGAGGAUGAGGAGGACGAAGAUUACUCUCUGGAUUAUGGCAGUGAGGAGCCCCUCCCCAGCGGAGUGGGCGGGGACUGGGAUAGUCGUUGGAACGAAGGCUGGGACGCGAUGCAGAGCUACUUUGAGAAGGAGACAGACGAGUGGACUGCCUGGUCUCCCUGCUCUGUAACUUGUGGACAUGGUGAAAAGAAGAGGACUAAGUCCUGUGGUUACUCCUGCACUCUUACAGAGGCCUCCAGGUGUGACCUGGAGCCAUGUCCUGAUGAUGUCAAUUUUGUGGUGGAGCCUUUCCCUUUCGAGAUGGAGAAUGGCACAGAGCCAUUUGGGACAGAUGUAGACAGCUGUGAGAAGUGGCUGAACUGUAAGAGUGAGUUCCUCCAGAGGUACCUCCACCAGGUCUUAUCCGAGCUGCCCAGCUGCCCCUGCUCCUACCCUUCUGAAGUGGCGUACACAGUGGUCAGCGUUUUUGAUGAAAAUCAAGACCGGCCGUUCCGCUGGCGUGAUGCCAGUAGCCCUAAGGAGCGCCUGGACAUCUACAAACCAUCAGCACGUACCUGCAUCAGAUCAGCACUUUCUGGCGACUCAUCUACACUGGCAGCGCAACACUGUUGUUAUGACGACCAUGGACGGCUGAUCACACGGGGGAAGGGUGCAGGCAUGCCUAACCUGAUCAGCACAGAGUUCUCACCUGAGCUGCACUUCAAAGUGGAUGUGCUGCCCUGGAUCCUUUGCAAGGGAGACUGGAGCCGCUUCCAUGCGGUGCGGCCGCCCAACAAUGGGCUGAGCUGCCCAGAAAAUCCCCAUGAAGAUGUGUUCAUGAAUGAACUGGAAGAGGCCAGGGAGUACUGAGGGACCACAGCCAAAACUACCACUUCAGCCAGAGAGGAGGUGGGCCCAAUCCUAACUUGAGAGUGGACUGCCUACCUUAAAAAAAAAAAAAAUCAUAUGAUAUUAUAUCAAAACCAUGCAUUGUCUAUGGACCAUGCAUGAUUACUCAGAGGUAAUGCACAGAUGUGACUGGGAGGUUUUUUGGGGGGAGGGUUAAGGCUCAUAGUGAAGUGUGGCUGUCUCAAGUUAGGAUUUGGCACAGUGUCCUGAUAUCAGGCUCAACUGACCUGAACAUGAAUGGAAAAAAAGAUGCAGUAUUCUCCCAAUGCUUGCCAACCUGUUACACAUCUGGCAUGACAUCAAGCUCUCUAUCUCUCUUUUUUCAUUCAGUACACACUCUUGGUGCGUGUAAGCAUGAUGUCUACCUGCUAGCUUUUUUUUUUUUUUUUUUUUUUUUUUUUUUUUUGGUGGUGUCCUGGAGCUCAUGUGAUUGACAAUAGCAACAUAUGGUAAACAUCUUGAUCAUGCUUCUUAGAGAAUUUACAUUAGGAAAUGUAUGAUUAUGGGCUGGUUAUACUGAUGAGAGAAAGGAAUGCAUGGGCAGAGUCCAACAAAUGAAUAAUCUUCACUAUGCUGCUAACAUUAAGUGAAAAUGCUUCAGGUUUGAAAGGUACUAAGGGGGACAAGCCUACAAUGUGAAGGACGAACAUUAGUAGACCCCCCCAAAAAAUAAUAAUGAUAAUAAAAAGGUGAAAUUUGGCAAAUAUGGCAAUUUGGCAGAGACAUGCAAGCACAGUACAUGUCAGUCAAUCUACUGGGACACAAGUAGUAACAGUGUCCCAUUAGAUAUUGUGCGUGACACAAUUAUAGUAAUAAUUAGUAAUAUUGAGAGGUUGAUAUACAUAUUAAAGACAGUUGGAAUCUUAACCAGAGCAGUAAACUAAAGGGAUUUCAACUCUCCUUGUGACUGAUGAGCUUGCUGGUGCAUAUCCUUUAGGCAGUAAUUACACAGGAGCAAUGCAUUUGAUUUUAAUUGCUUUGUCACACAAAUUGAUUCCAUAUGUUUCCUCAUGUUUCGACAGCAUGAAAAGCUUUGAUGUGGGUCUCAUAGAGUUAAAAAAAAAAAUUGGAUCUUUUGUGCCUCUGUUAAUCCAGCCACCUAAGCAACUACAGUGUAAAAUGUAGGCAAAAAAGUGUUCUAAAGUGAGCAGAUUGUUCUCAUAGAUGUGUCUCUACAAUGUUCUCAGGGGGACUAAAUGACCAUGAUAAAAAUCUGUCCAUUUACCUCGACCAUGGAGCACUAUUGGACCUUUGUAUGAAGUGCGCAUGUAUUCAGGUAGAGAUUAACAGAAGGGUAGCGAAUGUGUAAUCCAGAUUGGGACUGAUGAACAGAUAAUGGUUUUUAGCAGAUGGAAUUCUUAUCACUGAAUAGCUGUUGUCAUUUUGAUGCAUUGUGUCCGGCAAGAGGCUGUUGGCUUGAAGUCUUUGGAUUUCUGUGCAGAACUUGAAUGGAUAGAAAGGACAUUCCUGUUCAAAUAAACACUUGAGUCGUCACUUAGUUGGUAGUGAUGGCCAGCAUAGGACAUUUGAUAACAUUGACAUGGAAAAUAAGCGAUUUAAAAGCAUCUUUUAACUUUAACGUUCAAGUAGUGUAAAACAAUGCUCCAGGAAUUACCAGUUCUAUCAGUUCUAGUUCUGUGGGAUUUUGCUCCAAAACUCUUUCAGGAAUACUAUUUCCAGAUGUAUAUAUGCGAACAUGCAUUUACAUUUGGAAUCAACAAUUUUAAAGGAAGGCACUUUAUUUAAAAAAGUAUAUAUAUACGUAUACAUAUAUAUAUAUAUACACAUGAACAAAAGAUAUAUAUGAAUAUCAAAAUGUACUCAUGUUUGCCAUGUGUUGAAGAUAGUGUUAUUGUGAAAGGAUAACUUGCCAGAAAUGCUGCAUUGUUCUAUGAAAGUGCAUAUAUCACGUGUUCUGUCAAGAAAAGCAUGAUCUUUUUGUGAUUUCUGAACCUAGUAUUACAUAUAUGGUCUUGUACAGUAUUUAUUUGUCUGUUCUUUUUUUUAAAGUUUGCUGAAGCUUUGAAAUGACUCUAUACUCAACAUGGUGCACUAAUCGGACUGAGAAAUGCAGGCGCUCAAUGUCAAAAGGGAAACCAUUUGCCUCACAUCACUUCAUACAGCAUCAUCCAGUGUCUGUAUUUCAUUCUACGUUGUACUUCAGUGCUCUAUGAAUAUGUUGUUGCAAUUAUGAUGAAGAAAUAUAUAAAGACUUUGCAUUCAU